GAAGUGCACUCCUGGCCUGUCGGCAGCUGACCAGCUGGCAUCAUGGUGGCGCCUGUGUUUGAGGUUUCUCACGUGUUUUGCUGCCCGAACCGAGUUCGAGGAGCUUUGAGCUGGAGCCCCGGGCACGGAGGGCUUCUGGCUUUCGGUACUUCCUGCUCCGUAGUCCUGUAUGACCCUCAGAAAAGAGUGGUUGUAACUAACCUGAACGGACAUACUGCUCGAGUAAACUGCUUGCAGUGGAUAUGUAAACAGGAUGGUUCUCCUUCUACUGAAUUAGUCUCUGGAGGAUCUGACAAUCAAGUGAUUCAUUGGGAAAUAGAGAAUAAUCAGCUUUUGAAAGCAGUCCAUCUUCAAGGCCACGAAGGACCUGUGUAUGCAGUGCAUGCAGUUUACCAGAGGGGGGCAGCAGAUAUUGCAUUGCACACACUGAUUGUUUCUGCAGCUGCAGAUUCUACUGUUCGACUGUGGACUAAAAAGGGUUCAGAAGUGAAAUGCCUUCAGACCUUGAACUUUGAAAGUGGAUUUGCUCUGGCUCUCUGCUUAUCUUUUUUGCCUAAUACUGAUGUACCAAUAUUAGCAUGUGGUGAUGACGACUGCAGGAUUCACUUAUUUGUUCAACAAGAUGAUCAGUUCCAGAAAGUGAUUUUUCUCAGUGGACAUGAGGAUUGGAUAAGAGGUGUGGAGUGGGCAGCCUUUGGUAAUGAUCUAUUCCUAGCAAGCUGUUCACAAGAUUGCCUGAUAAGAAUGUGGAGGCUGUAUAUAAAGUCUACAUCUUCAGAAGCUCAGGAUAAUAUAAGACUGAAGGAAAACACUUUUACUGUGGAAAGUGGAAGUAUUAAAAUAACAUUUGCAGUUACUCUGGAGACUGUGCUGGCUGGUCAUGAAAACUGGGUAAAUGCAGUUCAUUGGCAACCCUCCUUUUACAAAGAUGGUGUUCUACAGCAGCCAAUGAGAUUGUUAUCUGCUUCAAUGGAUAAAACCAUGAUUCUUUGGGCUCCAGAUGAAGAGUCAGGAGUUUGGUUAGAACAGGUUCGAGUAGGUGAAGUAGGUGGAAAUACUCUGGGAUUUUACGAUUGCCAGUUCAAUGAAGAUGGCUCUAUGAUCAUUGCUCACGCUUUCCACGGAGCAUUGCACCUUUGGAAGCAGAACACAUUUAACCCAAGAGAAUGGACCCCAGAGAUUGUCAUAUCAGGACACUUCGAUGGUGUUCAAGACCUAAUGUGGGAUCCAGAAGGAGAAUUCAUUAUUACUGUUGGUACUGACCAGACAACUCGUCUUUUUGCUCCGUGGAAGAGAAAAGACCAGUCACAGGUGACUUGGCAUGAAAUUGCAAGACCUCAGAUUCAUGGCUAUGACCUGAAAUGUUUAGCAAUGAUUAGUCGAUUUCAGUUUGUAUCUGGAGCGGAUGAAAAAGUUCUUCGAGUUUUUUCUGCACCUCGGAAUUUUGUGGAAAAUUUUUGUGCUAUUUCAGGGCAAUCACUGAAUCAUGUGCUUUGUGACAUAAGUCAAGAUGGCAGUCUUCCAGAAGGAGCUACUGUCCCUGCACUGGGAUUAUCAAAUAAAGCUGUUUUUCAGGGAGAUAUAGCUUCUCAGCCUUCUGAUGAAGAGGAGCUGUUAACUAGUACUGGCUUUGAGUAUCAACAAGUACCCUUUCAACCUUCUCUACUUACUGAACCUCCCACUGAGGAUCAACUUCUGCAGAACACUCUGUGGCCCGAAGUUCAAAAGCUAUACGGACAUGGUUAUGAAAUAUUUUGUGUUGCUUGUAACAAUUCAAAGACUCUACUUGCCUCAGCCUGCAAGGCAGCUAAGAAAGAGCAUGCGGCCAUCAUUCUUUGGAACACUACAUCUUGGAAACAGGUGCAGAACUUAGUUUUCCACAGUCUGACGGUCACCCAGAUGGCCUUCUCACCUAAUGACAAGUUCUUCCUGGCUGUUUCCAGAGAUCGAACCUGGUCAUUGUGGAAAAGGCAGGACAUAAACUCACCUGAAUUCGAUCCAGUUUUCAGUCUGUUUGCCUUCACCAACAAAAUCACUUCUGUGCACAGUAGAAUUAUUUGGUCCUGUGAUUGGAGUCCUGAUAGUAAAUAUUUCUUCACUGGAAGUCGAGACAAAAAGGUGGUCGUCUGGGGUGAGUGUGACUACAAUGAAGACUGCAUUGAAAACAGCAUCGGCCCCUGCUCCUCGGUCCUGGAUGUGGGUGGGGCUGUGACUGCUGUCAGCGUCUGUCCAGCCUUUAACUCUUCCCAAAGAUACGUGGUUGCAGUUGGAUUAGAGUGUGGUAAGAUUUGCUUAUACACCUGGAUAAAGACUAAUCAAUUGCCAGAACUAAAUGACUGGAACCAGUGUAUAGAAACAAGCCUAAGCCAAAGUCAUACACUUGCGAUCAAAAAAUUAUCCUGGAAGAAUUGCAAUGGAAAAGCCAAACAGAGUGAAGAAGGUGGUGAUUGGCUUCACUUGGCAAGUUGUGGUGAAGAUCACACUGUGAAGAUAUACAGAAUUAACAGAUGUGCACUGUGAUGGACUUAGAACCACCCACAAUCAUUGGUGUCUUAAAAUGCUCAUGUAAAUAGUCCACCUUUAUGUACUUCAUGAUUGAAUUAAGUUUCAUUUGUAAAUGAACCUAAUCGAGAUUCUAGACCCUUUAAAAUCUGAUG